CAACCUUGAAGUGUGCAAUCAGUGAUUACUAUACACUGGAUCACAUGUUGCCUGCUAGUGUUAUUAUAGUACAAUUACAAUAGUAGGCAGUAUUGAUUGUAGCUCCUGUCUACAGGGCUUGAAAAGACAAAAGAAUAUUUGUUAUUGUAAUAACAAGAAGAAAGGAAAAGGUGUCAUGGGAAAUGCUAAAAAGGAGAUUGGUUGCUGUGGACACGGGAUAAGGAUACUGUUUCUAAUCCUCAACAUAUUCUUUGUGCUAAUAGGCCUGGGGCUUGUAGCCGGUGGAAUAUACCUUGUAGUGGUAGGAGACACUUACAGCUUCAUCACUAACAAUACUUACGCUGCCGGGGCACCUAUUCUCAUCGUCUGUGGCGUAGUAACCCUCAUAAUAGCUAUUGUAGGACUAAUAGCCGCCAUUGGACUCUGGUGGCCACUGCUACUCAUAUAUAGUGUUGUCCUUGGUGUUGUAGUGAUCCUGGAGAUUGUGGCGGCAAUACUUGGUUUUGUAUUUCAAACACAGCUGGGAGAUUAUUAUGCUGAAGUGUUCAACAGGACAAUUCAUGAGUUUCAAAUUAAUGAAACCACUGAUGCCAUUAGCUUUGUGAAUUCCGUCCAAGAAGAAUUUGAGUGCUGUGGAGUGUUUGAACCUAGCGACUGGCUAACUACUAGCUAUUAUAUGGAGACAGGUGGAUUCCCUGACUCGUGUCUAUGUACAAACGGAACAUCAGGCUGCACUGUUGUUGAAGGAGCUAGCGUGUAUAGCCAAGGUUGUGAUGGAAGCUUUUUUGAGUUUGUAAGGAGCAAUGCAGCUGCUAUUGGUGGAAUAGGAUUAGCUUUUGGACUUUGUGAAAUAUUGGGUGUGGUUUUUGGCAUCAUUCUGUGUUGCUGUUUGUUCAGUAAAAGGAAUAGUGAUGAUUGGACACUUUUGUCUAAAAUGGCUGCAAGCAGUUUCAUGAAAAUUGUCUUUCUCUGUGUCCAGAUAUUUGUCAUACUACUCGGUUUAGGGCUGAUAAUAGUUGGAUCUUGGGCUGAGGUUGAGAGUAACAGAUACGAUGAGUUGGUGUCACUGAAAGAGCUACAGUACGGGCCGUACCUCGCCAUUGCUUCUGGCUGCGCACUGGUAGUGGUGUCUGUUAUCGGUAUAGUGGGGGCCUGCUGUGAAACGAAGAUAAACAAAUUCCUCCUCUCCUUUUUCAUAAUAUUAGUGUCGAUUAUUGCAGUCGGACAACUGGCCAGUGGAAUAUUGUCACUAGUUUACAGGGACCUUUCGGAAAGGUUAAUAAGAGAUGAGUUAAAUACAACAUUUUACCAGUAUGGCAACAUAUCAAUGAAUGACACUAGAGCUGCCUGGGACCACAUACAGUCCACUUUUCAGUGCUGUGGUGUCAAUGGUGUUAAUGAUUGGGUUGUUUUUAACGCUAAUUUCUCAUCAGUGAUUGAUCUGUACCCGACUUCAUGUUGUACUAAUACCACUAAUAAUAACUGUGGAAGAAUCACUGGCGUGAAUCAGAAUGUAUUCACUCAGGGGUGUCAAGAAGUCCUGGUAGAUAUUGCUCGAAGAAUAUUAUUAAUAUCAGGGACUGAAGCCUUUGUAUUUCUUAUUGGAGAGAUGUUCAUCAUAGCAACUACAGUAUUCUUACUGUGUCUCAGCGACUUUGACGACUAAAAAA